CUAUAAUAAUUUUUAUAUUAUUGUUCAAUCAUCUCAAAUCAGCCCAUUAUAUGUUAAUGAAUUUUUUCUUUUCUCUUUUGUAGAAAUUAAAGUUAGGUAGGAAGCCAACAAUAGUUGAAUCUUUUAAUCGGAUGCAUAAGACAAAGCAAGGCAUGGGAGGAUAUGUAGAUAAGAGAAGUGAAGCUGUCAUGGCAAAGUAUUCAGCUGAAUACUCCAAAAAAUAUGGUGAUGCCUCCACCUCAGAUGCUCCUCCACGUGAUUAUAACUUGUGGUUUGAGGCAACUGGUGUCCCAACUCAUAGCCAUGUCUAUGGCUUUAGUCCCCUAGAGGAUCUCACUGGAAUUAUUGGGCAAUCAUCAUCCUCUUCCACCUCUACAAGUCAAGCUCCAGAGCUGUACACUCAUGAAGACCUUCUACGUAUUCUUGAGCAGGAAAAGAAAAAAUGGCAAGAGGAGGUUCUUCAAAAGAUGAGAGAAGAGAUUGGCUUUGGACCAAGGCAUGCAGAUCGGGAGAGUAAUGGUGAUUCUGGUUCUGCUAAUUAUGCUUCAUUAUGAUUGUUUUUGCCUUAGAUGAUAGGUCUUUGCAUUCCUAGGAGGAAUGAAAUCUCUGUUGAUCUCUAUGACAUAUUUUUAGACUUUGAUUUAGAUGGAUUUAGAACAUGUUGAUGCCUAUUUUGAAUGAUAUUUUAAAUGC